AGGCGGACACCAAGGCCGCGGAGGCGGCUGCGCAGAAAGAGUACGACGAGUUCAUGGCCGACUCCAAGGCGGACAAGGCUGCCAAGGAACUGCAGGUCGAGAACAAGAACUUCAAGAAGCAGGACGAGGAGCAGGCCCUCGUGGUGUGCACGAAGAGCCUGGAGGGCACGCAGAAGGAGCUGACCGCCUCCCUGGAGUACUUCGACAAGCUGAAGCCCUCCUGCAUCGAGGUCGGCGUGAGCUACGAGGAGCGCGUGGAGCGCCGCCAGGAGGAGAUCAAGUCCCUGAAAGACGCGCUCAAGAUCCUCAACGGCGAGGAGAUCUGAGAACAAGAAUAGGAGCAGCGCGUGGCGCGGGGGCGCCUCGAUGCUGUCGGUUUGGGGCCGCCGCCCGCGCCGCCGCGCCGCCGCGCCCGCCCUCUGCUCGGGGGUGGACUCCCCCCCCCCUCUCCUCGUUCCUCCUCGGCCACCGGGCACCCGCGCGGCCAGUUGCCGCCGCAGGUCAGGCAACUGGUGUUCCCCUCUCUUGGGCACGGCGUGAGCAGAGGAUGCGCGGUGGAGCAGGCGCGGGAGAC